GACUAAGGCAUAAAUGACCACUGAGAGUCAGAGUUUGUGCACCAGAGUCAUGCAAGCCCCUGGAAGCCACCACAGAAGAGCUUGGUGUCCCAGUCUCAAACUCCGAGAGGUGGCAUCCAUGUACUGCACCAUGGUGGCCCUCUUCUUCAUCAUCCUGGUGGCAGCUUUGCAGGGCACAACUCCCCGAGAAAACCACUUCCCUUUCAAGGUCCCCCUGGACCCCAAGGGCAUCCUGGAGUUGUCCUGGAAUGUCAGCUAUACAGAGGAGGUGAUUUACUUCCAACUUCUAGUCAAGAAGCUAAAGUACGGGGUGAUUUUUGGGAUGUCUGACCGGGGUGAGUUUGACAAUGCCGAUCUAGUCGUGCUCUGGAGUGAUGGAGAAAAUUCCUAUUUUGGGGAUGCGUGGAGUGAUGCAAAGGAGCGGAUCCAUCUUGAUUCCCAACAGGAUUACCAGCUUUUGAAGGCUCAGAAGACUUCUGGGGGACUCUUCCUUCUUUUUAAGAGGCCCUUCAGCACCUGUGACCCUAGAGAUUAUCUCAUUGAGGAUGGCACCACACACUUGGUGUAUGGGUUUCUUGAUGAGCCAUCCCCGUCCCUGGAGGCCAUCAACACAUCUGCCAUUCAGAAGGGGCUUCAACGAGUACAACUUCUGAAGCCUAACAUCUCCAUCCCUGAAAUGCCUCUUGAUCUGAACACCAUGGAAAUAAGAGCCCCAGAUGUAAUAAUUCCCAACCAAGAAACAACAUACUGGUGCUACAUAGCAGAACUCCCAGAUCACUUUUCUCGGCAUCAUAUUGUCAUGUAUGAGCCCAUCAUCACCAAGGGCAACGAAGCCCUCGUCCACCACAUGGAGGUCUUUCAGUGUGCUGCGGAGUUUGAGACCUUCCCACACUUCAACGGGCCCUGUGAUUCAAAGAUGAAACCUGAACGGCUGAACUACUGCAGACACGUCUUGGCUGCCUGGGCCUUAGGAGCCAAGGCAUUUUACUACCCAGAGGAAGCCGGUCUUGCUUUUGGAGGCCCCGGAUCUUCAAAAUAUCUCCGCCUGGAGGUUCACUAUCACAACCCUCUUGAGAUGAAAGGCCGCCAUGACUCCUCAGGCAUCCGCUUGUAUUACACAGCUACACUGAGGCCAUUUGAUGCUGGGAUCAUGGAGCUGGGCCUUGUAUACACCCCUGUGAUGGCUAUCCCACCCAAAGAGACUAACUUCAUCUUGACUGGCUAUUGCACUGAUAAAUGUACUCAACUGGCUCUGCCACAGUCUGGGAUCCACAUCUUUGCUUCCCAGCUCCAUACUCAUCUCACAGGGAGGAAGGUGAUCACCGUCAUAGCUCGAGAAGGGAGUGUGACAGAGAUUGUGAAUAGGGAUGACCACUACAGCCCCCAUUUCCAGGAGAUCCGAAUGUUAAAGAAAGUCGUGUCUGUUUUCCCAGGUGAUGUGCUUAUUACUUCUUGCACAUACAACACGGAAUCCAGAAAGCUGGCAACUGUGGGUGGGUUUAGCAUCACAGAAGAAAUGUGUGUAAAUUACAUACACUACUACCCGCAGACACAGUUGGAAUUAUGUAAGAGUGCUGUGGACCCUGGCUACUUACAGAAAUAUUUUCACUUUGUUAACAGGUUUAACAAUGAAGAUAUCUGUACCUGCCCCAAAUCUACUGUCCAAGAGCAAUUUGCUUCCAUCCCUUGGAACUCAUUCAACCGGGAUGUGCUCAAGUCCCUGUAUGACUUUGCCCCGAUCUCCAUGCACUGCAACAAAUCCUCGGCAGUCCGGUUUCCAGGUGAAUGGGAAAGGCAGCCUUUACCAGAGAUCAAGAUUGGACUAGAAGAGGUUACUCCACGAUGCCAGGCCUCUUCAGGACUACCACCUGCUUCCCCUGCACUGGUCAACAUUGAUGGGAAAAAAGGCUAGGGGACAAUCCUUCCCCUCUUGGCUUGGUCCAACUCUUUCCUGAAUUGCUUACCUCUGAGCCAAAGAAAACACAGACCCUGCCCUCUUUGGUUACCCUUGCCCACCCUUGGUACAUGGCCUAAUGCUGAUCUUAUAGCUAGUUUCCUCCCCUAGCUCAGAACAGAACUGAGAACCUCCCAGAGACACAUUCCAUCUAGUAAGAUGCUCCUUGAGGUUUGGAAGACAGCUGCCUUAUGCAUGUAAAAUUAGCCCUUCGGGAAACCUUCACUGACUGAAGUAACCAUGAGCUGAAAUGGAAAUACUUCCAAGCAAUGCUGAAUGUAUAUGGAGCAUCUCUAAGCCAGUACUCCAUGGUUCUCUGCUUCUAGAGCUUUCCUUGGGGCAUGAGACAGACCACCACCCAAGUCCUUUGCAUUUUGACCCUGAUUGCUCCAUAUGCAAGACCCUUUGUCUUAGCUGCCUCAGGAGUUUAUCCAUCAGAGUGCCCCAGGGGGUGAGUCCUAGUGCUAACUUAUCUUCUAAGAAGGCAAUCUUCCUUAUCCUCCCAUUGACUGUGAUCUCUGUUGAUGUGUCCUAAUGUCAAGAGAUGGAUACAAGCAUUACUUAAAUAUUUUCUCUCUGAAUGGC